AAUUGCUUGUCAUAUUUAUUGUAAGGGUAGAUAGGAAUGAUCAUGAAAACCAAAAGCAAUCCAAUCACCCUGAAAAAAAUUUCGAAAAAGGGGUUUUGACCCAGAAUAAAUACAGGGGAAAAGGAGAAGACUUUGUUUUUUCUAUCGAACUAGAAAAGAAGGAAACAAAGAAAGUGAGAGAGAGACAAAGACAGAGACAGAGAGAGAGAGUGAAUGAACAUAAGGGACUUGGAAAGGGGGAGGAAGAGCAGCGAGAUAAGGACUAAGAAGGCAUUGAAAUAGAUGGGUCCAAGCCAUAAAGUGAGAGCUAAGAUUGCAUGGAAAAUGGUCGAGCGGAACUCCUCUCUUCCUCCUUUGACGGCGAUAUUCUCCGAAGAAUCGGUGAUUUCAGGCAGAGAGUUUUUUGGAAGAUUUCAUAGUGAAGUUAUGACGGUGACAGCGAUGCGAUCGGAACUUGAAACCAGAAUGAAACCAAACAAUCGAAAAACAACAAUGAAACCAGUAAUAGCAAAGAUGAGCAUGCACAGCCUAAUGGAAUCUUAUAGAAACAGAGAGAGAGAGAGAGGCGACGGUACCAUAGAUGACGAACAGGAGAGAGCAAGCCGACCUGCGGUCGACUGCGAGCAAGAGCAAUACUCUGUCGUUGAUGGAUUAAAGUGGAGGAAACGAAUUUUGCAACUAGGUUCGAAUGGGUUUUGAGUUUUAGCAAAAUCAAUUAAAAAUUUUGUAGAUUUGCUGGGAGGGAAGGUCAGAAAUUGGGGAGGAAAGCUCGGAAAUACGGGAAGGAAAUUGGGGGUGCGCGGUGGGAAGGGAAAGUAGGGCAGGCUGAAAUUAGAAAGAAAAAAUUAAGUGUUAA